AUGUCAACAUGCUGGGCUUGGGAUUUUGGUAUCAAGGAGGUGUCUGUGUACGAUGCAUCUGGCAUCAUGAAAUCAGUGUCAGUUGAUUUGUACAAACAACAGUCUACCAUCUUACAUGAUUACAUGAUCAAAUACAACAAAGGAGAGAAAAUCAGACCAGCUCUUAAAUUCUCCAUUCUAUCCGUUGAAAAUGGCAAACAGCACAUGGGACAAGUGGUGCAAGAAAUGGCAAAGGACCAUCCUGAUACAAUCGAUAUCCCAUUAGUGGAUCACUACAUGCACAUGGACUCUGUGUCUGAUCCUGACUUGAUGAUACUGUACGAUGGCCUUCCACAUAACUAUGUUUCAUUGGAUGGCUAUCCUCCUUGGCAUAUACGUUUGACUGAAAUUGCAAAUUGUUCAAAUUACCAUCAUUUGAACUAUCAUGUGUUUUCCAAAAGCUUGUAUAGAUUCUCAAAAGUAGAGCAGCGAUUUGGUCAUUAA